CAGCCAUGGUGGACGCAGCGGCAGCAGAGCAGUUCCUGGAUGCCAACCCGCAGUUCGCCAAGGAGUACUACGACAACAACUUCCGGCCCAAGAUCAUCUCAGACCUGCUGGACAGCAACCGGAAGGCGGACCUGGACAUCAGCCAGUUCCACGAGCUGUCGUCGGUGGAGGAGAGCGAAGUCCUCUUCGACCUGAUGCGGAACAUCCAGGACAACCUGAACAUGGAGAAGGCCGUCUUCAACCUCAUGAGACACCUCAGCUUCAUGAUGAGGGCCGACCGAAUGAGUCUCUUCAUGUACCGGCAGAGGAACGGAGUGGCUGAGCUCGCUACCAGGUUAUUCAAUGUCAAUAAAGACUCAGUGUUUGAAGACUGCCUGGUGCAGCCCGACAGUGAGAUCGUGUACCCGUUGGAUAUGGGCAUCGUGGGCCAGGUGGCAACCACCAAGAAGAUGGUCAACAUACCCAAUGUGGCUGAGAGCCCUCAUUACAGCGACUUUGUGGACGAGCUGACCGAGUAUCAGACCAAGAACAUCCUCGCCAUCCCCAUCAUGAACGGUAAAGACAUGGUGGCCGUCAUGAUGGCCGUCAACAAGCUGGACGGGCCACACUUCACUACCAAGGAUGAAGAGACCCUGAACAAAUAUCUUAACUUUGCCAACCUGGUCCUGAGAGUUUUCCACCUGAGCUACCUGCACAACUGUGAGACCAGGAGGGGACAGGUGCUGCUGUGGUCAGCCAGCAAGGUGUUUGAAGAGCUCACAGACAUAGAGAGGCAGUUCCACAAAGCCCUGUACACAGUCAGAGCCUUCCUCAACUGUGACCGUUACUCUGUGGGCCUGCUGGACAUGACCAAGACCAAGGAAUUCUUCGACCUGUGGCCAGUUCUGAUGGGAGAAGUUCCUCCUUAUGAUGGACCCAAAACUCCUGAUGGCAGGGAAAUUGUCUUCUACAAACUGAUCGACUACAUCCUCCACGGCAAAGAGGACAUCAAAGUCAUACCGAAUCCUCCUGCGGAUCACUGGGCUCUGAUCAGCGGUUUACCCACCUAUGUAGCAGAGUCUGGACUGAUUUGUAACAUAAUGAAUGCGGGUGAAGAUGAUUUUUUCGCAUUCCAGAAAGAGCCUCUGGACAGCUCCGGCUGGACCAUUAAGAACGUCCUGUCGAUGCCAAUCGUCAAUAAGAAAGAAGAGAUCGUGGGUGUGGCCACGUUCUAUAACAGGAAAGAUGGGAAACCCUUUGAUGACAUGGACGAAACACUGAUGGAGUCUCUGACCCAGUUCUUGGGCUGGUCGGUGCUCAACACCGACACCUACGACAAGAUGAACAAGCUGGAGAACAGGAAGGACAUCUUCCAGGACAUGGUGAUGUACCACGUCAAGUGUCGCAAGGACGAGAUCCAGAACGUUCUGAACACCAGAGAGAGAUGGGGGAAGGAACCGGAUGAGUGUGAGGAGGAGGAACUCCAAGAGAUUCUGACUGAGAUCCUUCCGAACUCUAAGAAAAUUGAGCUCCACGAGUUCCACUUCUAUGACGCUCAUCACAGUGAAAUGGACCUGGUGAAAUGUGGCAUCAAGAUGUACUAUGACCUCAAAGUGGUGGACAAGUUUCACAUCCCCAGAGAGGCCCUGGUGAGAUUCAUAUACUCCCUCAGUAAAGGCUACAGGAGGAUCACCUACCAUAACUGGAGACACGGGUUCAACGUGGGGCAGACCAUGUUCACCCUGCUGAUGACAGGUGAUCUGAAGCGUUACUACACAGACCUGGAGUGCAUGGCCAUGGUGACCGCCGGCCUCUGCCACGAUAUCGAUCACAGAGGAACCAACAACCUCUACCAGAUGAAGUCUGGUAAUCCUCUGGCGAAGCUUCACGGCUCCUCCAUCUUGGAAAGACACCAUCUGGAUAUUGGCAAGACUCUGCUGAGAGAUGAUGCUUUGAAUAUUUAUCAGAAUCUGAACCGCCGUCAGCACGACACCGUCAUCCACCUUAUGGACAUCGCCAUCAUCGCCACUGACCUCGCUCUCUACUUCAAGAAGAGGACGAUGUUCCAGAAGAUUGUAGAUCAGUCCAAGACCUACGAGAACUGGAACGAGUGGACGAAGUACAUGAUGCUGGAGACCACACGCAAAGAGAUCGUAAUGGCCAUGAUGAUGACGGCCUGUGACCUGUCUGCCAUCGCCAAACCGUGGGAGGUUCAGAGCAAGGUGGCGCUGUCUGUUGCUGCAGAGUUCUGGGAGCAGGGAGACCUGGAGAGAACUGUCCUGGAGCAAACUCCUAUUCCCAUGAUGGACAGAACUAAAUCAGCCGACCUGCCGAAGAUGCAGUGUGGUUUCAUCGACUUCGUUUGUGCUUUUGUCUACAAGGAGUUCAGUCGUUUCCACGUGGAGAUCACCCCGAUGCUGGAGCGCCUGUUGAACAACAGGAAGGAAUGGAACGCCCUGAAGGAGGAGCACGAGGGCAAACUGGCCGCUAUCGAGGAGGCCAAGAAAGCCAAGGAGGAGGCUGUUGCGGCCAAACAAGCAACGAGCGCAGCACAGAAUAAUUCAAAGACUUGUGCCGUCAGCUAGAGAUCCUACAACACUACCAGGUUGCUUGUUGCAUGGUCUUGGUCCAACGUUUGGUUUUUCCCAAAGUGAAUUUUUUAUUUUGGAUGUAAUUUUUGAGAUCUCACCUGAAAAAAUCCUGUUUACUCAGAGCUCAUCUCCCCUUUUGAAAUACAUGUUUCAACCGUCUGCUCACAGUUUUUUUUGCUCAGCUUUUCUUCUGCACUGCUUCUUACUUUCCUUCUUUUGAUAGUGUGAUUCUGUUUUAUGCUGCAUUCCAUUUAUUGUUGAAGUCGAAGCUCAGAAUGACAUAUCAAACGUGCUGUGCAGAAAUAUAAAAAAAUCAGUGUGUUGAUUCGUGGUCGCUUAUCUGACAAUAGAGCCCACACUGAUCUUUAAUGUGUACCUCAUCAACAAACUUUAAACUUAUAUUUAUGAUAACAUAAGUAUAAUACUGUAUAUGAUAACCAUGGUAAAACAUUUGAUCCUCUGCAGUCUGUAGACCUUUGAACCCUUGAUUGAAAAAGUUCAAUAAACUUGUGUUAUAUAUGCUUAUUGUUGCAUGAACUGUCAAGAAAACAAUGCUUU